ACUUCACUCACAGAUCACCAUCUUGCUCGGCCUUCUUUCAUCACCCUCACUAGCCAUAAUCCAUCUUCUCAAUCUAUUUACUCGCCUUCUUCUAUAUCAUAUCGCAUUCCUAUCAGACAACCGCUCGUUUUUUGCGCUCAGGUAGUCUUGGAAACCUCAUCUCAGUACAUUUUCCAUCUCAAGACAAUGAGCCCUACCAUUUCUACCAUUGCCAAAUCCUCUACACAAAUACGACGACAGUAUCCAAGCCGCUACGCUCUUCCUCAUCGCAAACGUACAAGAUAGACAUCAGUUGACCCCGAAAAUUGUUGGUCAAACUCCUAUUUUCUUUGUGCGUUGGUACAGCUAUCUGAGCGUUCUGCAAUUUCCAUAUCUGUCUUCAAGGUCUACAGGCUGCCGAUUCAUCAAGCCUGCCCAUACACACUUUUACAAUGUCUACGAUCGGAACACCUCAUCAGACCCAUUCUAAAGGCAACCGCCGAUCUGCGGGGAAGAAAACUCGUCAGAGCAAUCCGCACGACGGCUUUGUGUCAGACGUUGGUGCGCCAACAGAACAUCAGCGCAACAAGUCACCGGCUGCCGGUAAUGCGGUGAAGAACAAUGGCAAAGGCCAUCCAAGGAAGAACUCAUCAGUAUAUAACACCGCUGCUCAUGCAGGAAAACCGGACAAGGUGAAAGGCACUCCCAUGAAGCCUGCCGCCUAUGCAGGAUCCACCUUUCAACAAUCUCCAGCCGCCUCUGCCUUGCCUUUACCGAGCUUUUACUCAAAGUCGAUGCCUGCUGCCGGACCUCUUACAUCUCAACUCAGCAACGAAGCUAGCGCCGAUGCUCACCCAGCCGCGCAUGAGGUUGCCGAGUCCCCUAGCAAGCGAGAAUCGACACCCUGUGACUUUCUCUUCGAUGCCGCUCGUCAAGCGCGAGCCACUCCUCGAGGCGAUACACCCGGAGCACGCUCGGGGAAUGUGUCGGUUCCCAAUAUAAGCCCCGCCUCUGGAUCACCAGCACCUCGCGAAGGUGACGCCGUGUUUCCCUUUGAGCUAGAUGGAGCAUCGGCCGCAGGUGAAGACGGUGUCUUUUCGGCGACGCCCUAUAAGGACCGCAUUGAGGCGCUGAAGUCCACUAGGUCGACAUCUUUACCCAGCAAAUCUAUGAACGAGCAUGAGCGCAAGGCAAAAACUGAUGCUCUGAAGCGACUGCUAAUGAAGUCGAGUGGCGAACCCGGCGAGAACAGUUCCCAGCCAGCCCAAGACAUCAGCAAUCCCUUCAACGCAAGAGCUCCAUACCAACCAUCUCCAUUUCCGACCCAGGGUCCUCCCCUGGUUCGUCAUACAUCUGGACCAUCACUCACGUUCAAGCAAGAUCACAACAAUUCCAACGCUCUACCAGGCCACCCGCAAAUGCCGUAUCAAUAUCAACCCACGCAGAUCCAAACACCGAAGAGACCUAAUUCUUCGAGUCUGAGAAAUGUUUACGGCGCUCAGAGUGAGCCUGAGUACGCCGAACUAUCUUCUGAUAGUGCUGUAACACCCCCAAUUUCGACUCAACGAAGGCACACGCCGCAGCAUGCACCGCCAUAUGGCACUGCUCCUGUCAGCCCACCAUAUUCGAAACAACAGCAAAUGCCGAACCACCGUGCUAAACCGAGUGCACAGCAAUUGGAGGAUGAUCUGAGACGAGUUCUGAAGUUGGAUCUUACAACUAGGGGUUAGAGAGGAGUAUAUUCGGUGAAGGCAACAUUAACAAUCCUCUUUGAAUCUACUGCGCAAUCUUGGCUGGCGAGGAACCAUGUUCCUUUUGUCGCUUUGAUGAAGGGCCCCUUCGUUGCAAGAGCCUGUGGUGCCUAGGUUUAGAAGCAUGAGUCUCCGAAGAGAGCUACGUAGGCAUGGACAUUCAUUUAAGGUGGAUCUCAUUUGUUUUGGCCUUGUCUAUAGCGGUGGCCGGCCGGCCGGCUUAUCAAGUACAAGUCCCUCGUUCAGAUAUACUGUGGAUAGGGUCAUGUAGCACCAGAGCAAUCCCAAAUCCAUCUUCAUCCUC